UUUUAUCGAUAAGUCCGCGGUCACACUGAUGGUCACACUACAAAAAAAAUUUGCUAAACAAAAUAAGUAAAAAGUGAAUAUUUGUUAAUGUGCAUUCGAUUUUCCGGAAAAUGGAAGUGGAAUAUGAGGACUCCGGCUGGCAAGGCCGUGCCAAAGCCCAGUCCAACUCCGAGGAAGUGCACGAGGACAACCCACAGAAGACCAUACAAGAAUGCCUGGAGAAAUUCCUAACACCGGACUACAUCAUGGAGCCGGGCAUAUUCACGCAACUGAAGCGGUACUUCCAGUCUGGCGGCUCCCCGGAGGAAGUGAUUUCGAUGCUGUCGGAGAACUACAAGGCGGUGGCCCAAAUGGCCAACUUGCUGGCCGAGUGGCUCAUUCUGGCCGGCGUCAAGGUGACCGAUGUCCAGGCCAUGGUCGAGAAUCAUUUAAAAGAGAUGAUUCUCAAGUCCUUCGACCCGAAAAAAGCGGACACCAUAUUCACGGAAGAGGGCGAGACACCAGACUGGCUCACCGAGAUGAUCGAUCACUAUACAUGGCGAUCGCUGAUCUACCGCCUGGCCGAGGAGUAUCCCGACUGCUUGAUGCUGAACUUUACCAUCAAACUGAUAUCGGAUGCGGGAUUCCAAAGUGAAAUCACCUCCAUAUCGACAGCUGCCCAGCAAAUCGAAGUUUUCUCGCGCGUUCUCAAGACCUCGAUUGUUAAGUUUCUCAACAAUCCGGACGAUGUGCAUGGCGCCAUACAGGAGUGCGCCCGCAUGGUCUGUCACGGCCAGCACACGUAUGUCUACUCGCAGGUGCUGAUCCAAGUGCUAAGCCAGGAGCAGAAAGGCGGCUUCAACAUGAAGCGACUCUCUCAGGAAAUCAUUAAAUAUGCCUUACAAAACAAUCAGAACGUGACGCCCAUAACGAUGGCUCUAAAUGGUUCAGCCGUUUAUCCACAGGCCUGUCAGGCACUCACAUCGAUGCUGACCCGCAAUACCCUCAAUCCUGCCGACAUCACAGUGCUGUUCCGCAACUACUCGGGAUCUGAUCCACCGCCAAUCGACCUCAUACGCAACCCGCAGUUCCUGGAGCUACUAGUUGAUGCCUUAUUCCGCUCUGGCGUCAAAAUAAACCCCGAACACAAGCCCAAGUACAUGUUUCUGCUGGCCUAUGCGUCGGCUGUCAUCGAUCAACCGGCGAAAAAGCGACCCCUGACCGAACGCACGCUGAACAAGGACGAGCUGAAGAGCACGAUUCAGGCCAUCGAAAAGGCGCAUGCCAUUUGCAAUGUGGGUCAAGGUACCUCAGAGCUAAUUGCCGAACUCCAGACGCUGUACAACUGCAUCAAGUAUCCCGUUGUUGGCGUGGGUGUGAUACGCUGGAUUGAGAACGUUGUGAUGGAGCCAUCGUUCUUCAAGCUCUCCACCGACAGCUGUCCCACCCAUCUGGCCGUGCUGGACGAGGUGGCGGCUGUCCAUCCAACCCUGCAACAGCAAAUUCUCUUCCUGCUCAUCCGCCUCUUCGAAUCGAAGCAGGACGAACUGGAGAUCCUCGUUCAGCUGGAGAUGAAGAAGAUGAUUUUGGAUCGCAUGGUCAAUCUGCUGACACGCGGCUGUGUGGUGCCUGUGCUCCGAUAUGUGAAGCAAUGUUGCGCCAUCGAGGACACUGAUGUUUCGCUGAUACGUUACUUUGUCACCGAAGUCCUGGAGACCAUCACGCAUCCGUAUUCACCAGAAUUUGUGCAGCUCUUUCUGCCGAUGGUGGAGAAUGAGGAAAUAACGGGCACAAUGCGGGGAGAGGGUGACAAUGAUCCAGUGUCCGAGUUUAUUGUUCAUUGUAAAGCGCACUACACCACUGUAUAACACUUGCUCAGGGAGUGGACAAUACAUAUAUAUAUAUAUAUUUGUAAAGGAUAAACAAAAAGGAUUGACGGAAAACAAAGCUAAGGGCAAUAAGAAGAAUAAAGCGAGAGAGAGAGUCUAUUUUUUAAGUCCAGACAUCUGUCUUCCCCCCUUUAGUGGAAGAAAUGUAGAAACAUAGAAACAGAGUUAGAAUAGAGUGAAGUUUUUCUCCUCAUUCUAAGGCCUUUUUAGCCUUCAAAUACUUCCAAUAAUACAUAAUUAGAUACUUGAAUAUAUAAUCUGUUUGUCUCUCGGUAUCUGAUAGUCAUAGAUCUUCAUCUUCAUCAAAAUAUUGCAAAACAAACAAACAAUCAAAAGUAAAAAACAAAAAAGAACAGAAAUAAAAUAAAUAGUUUACAUAUUUUUUUAUUGCAACCAAUAAACAUUCAUACCUCUUACAAAAAAAAUUAUUAAGCCUUCAAAAACAGCUUUUGAAUGCGUGUUCAAAGGUGGCCCUAAAAUAAAAACACUCUUAAAAUGUAUUUAAAAAAAUAAAGUAAAGUCAA